AGGAUCCCGUUCCUCUAAUUCAAGAAACGGAUGUAACGCCUGAAGAAUUAGAGCUUCUUCGAACCGUAGGCUUAGAUUGGAGUAAGAGAAAAGACCUUUGGAUAAAAUCCCAUUUGUAUAGACAACAGGAGCUUCAAAAUAAUAAUUUAUCUACGGUUGACUACAUAAAGAAGUACAACAUUUAUCUGAACGAAAACUUUUAUGACUUGCUACAUAUUGAUUUCAAAAUUCUGUAUCCAUCAUCAAAAGAGUUUUACGAAUGGAAAUUUUACUACGAAAAAGUAAUUCAAAAAGCCGAACAACUUAAGGACAACACGGUAGUAAAUAUCUUAGCGUACAUCAACAGAGCACAGGACGAAGAUAGCAAAGUUUUGCUUUCUUUGAUGCUUAUUCCUUACAUAUUGCCACACUACAGGAAAAGGACUAAAUUAGAAUCCUUGGAGUCAUUCAUUUAUUACUGCAAGAAUAUUCUUGUUGCUGAUGACGAAACACGGAAUCGAAUAAAACGGAUUAAAACGGAAACACAACCCAAAAUUUACUUUGUCGGCGAUACUACAAAGCCAAUAUCAAUUGCAUAUGUGGACAUCUGUGGAACUAGAAUGAAAUUUGAAAAUCCUUUGAAGGCAAUUGACGCGUGCUUUUAUUCUUAUAUGGCUAUGAAUGUUAGAUAUCCCGUUGCAUGUUUACACGUAUGGACAUUCAUACAAAAGAUUAUUUACGACAUCAACACUCCAUAUGAUAUUACAAUUCCUGCUGUAAGUACGUUAAUUAAUGAACUCCGUAAAACGUAGAAUAAUUUUCGGAAAUACAAAAACGUUUUGUUAUUGACAUGAAUUAGAUUUUUACGUUAUUACAUUGUAUUAUUUAUUUGUAUAUUACAAUUACUACUUUCGCCAAAAAUUAUUAACUUUUUUAACUACAAAAUGAAUAGGAUUAGAUGUUUUUGUUCCACUGAAUUAUUUAACAGCGUUGAAGCUCUCAUUCGACAUAUAAGAAUGCACCAUGAAAAUAUAUCGUCAAUAAGUUGUUGUUUUUAUAACUGUAAUCGCAGAUAUGACCGAUUGGAUUCAUAUCAAUGGCAUUUGCAAACACAUUGUAGAAGUACCAUUGUAAAUGACUCUUCAGAUAGUAUGGUACAAAUUACGUCGGAACAAGCAAUACCUUGUAUAUCGACUGCUGAAAACUAUACCCAAUCAAAUACAAUUUCGGAAAGUGAAAAUAUUGAUAUUCACAUAGACUCAGCCUCAAAUAUUAAAAUUGAUUUACUGAAACAAAUAGUAAAAGCAUAUUGCAAUGAAUCUGUACCUCGAAACAAAAGUUUAAGUAUUAUUAAAAGUGUGGCGAAUGGCUUCCUUAAAUAUUUAAACAUUUUAAGAAAUAAAUUAAUUGAUACCUUUGUGGAUCCUGGCAUAAUUAGGUUUCUCGACGAAUUAGUUGAUAAUAGCAUCAUAAAAUCGGAAUAUAAACUUUUAAGUGAAUUAAGGAAAACCGAUUUCUUUGUCGAGGCAAAUUUUCUCUCAAUACAUCGCGAAAUUCAAGAAGUUUUAACGUCAGGGGGACAAAUUGCACUGAAAAGUAUUGAUUAUUCAAUUGCGAUGCUACCUUUGUACACUUUUUUCUCCUUACUUUUCAAUAAAACAAAAUUUUUGGCUGAGGUUGUUUCGUACAUAAGUGACUUAAAAUUACGCGAUCAGAAUGUUAUAUAUAAUUUUAUUCAAAGUACAUUAUGGCAUGAAUUAAAUCAGAAUGAUGACCUGAGUAUAUUAUGUAUACCCAUGUUUGUAUAUUUUGAUGAGUUUGAACCAGAUAACGCACUUGGGUCCCAUGCCGGUUUUCAAAAACUUGGCGGUGUUUAUGUUAAAUUUCCUUGUAUUCCCGAAUAUCUCCAAUCCAAACUUUCCCACAUUUUCGUUGGAAUGCUUCUAUUUUCGGAAGAUAGAAAGAAAUUUGGUAAUGAACUCGUUUUUGAAUCAUUCAUUAAUGAACUUAAUUCCUUACAGGAAUUGGGAAUAGAUAUACACGAUGAAAUCUCAUUUGACGGUAAUCGUAUAAAAAAGGUAAAGAUAAUUCCUUCUCUUAUUUUGGGGGACAAUCUUGGCUUAAAUACAAUUCUAGGAUUUUCAGAAACUUUCUCUAGCAAUUUUUAUUGUCGUUUGUGUAAGCAGCACCGCGAAAUAAAUAAAAUUGAUGUUUAUGAAAACAUUUCUAUGUUAAGAAAUCCUCAAAAUUACAAUUCCGAUGUAGAAGUUAAUGAUUUUAAGAUUACCGGAAUAAAGGAAAAUUCAAUUUGGAAUAAUUUAAAACAAUUUCAUGUCACAAGAAAUUAUAGCGUUGACGUUAUGCAUGACUUAUUAGAGGGCGUUUGUCACUAUGAUCUUAAAUUCAUAUUAAAUCGAUUCAUAAAGCACUAUGAAUUUUUUACGUUAGACCAGCUUAACUAUAGAUUGCUAACCUUCAAUUAUGGUCCAAUUUAUUGUAGUAAUAAACCACCCAUUUUAAGUCUUGAUUUUCACAAGAAGCUUAAGCUUCAAUUAUCUUCUUCUGAGAUGUUGGUUUUCGUAAAGUGUCUAGGGUUAAUGAUAGGAGACUUAGUGGUCGAUUGCGAAGAAUGGACAUUGUAUUUGCUAUUGAGACAGAUUGUUUUUAUAUCCUGUGAGUCGGACUCAUUUCAAACUGGCGUUCCUGAGCAUUUUCGUCAGCUAGUGUGUGACCACAAUGCUCUAUACAUGAAAAUUUCAGAAUCCACGUUGCAACCAAAAUUUCAUAACUUAAUACAUUAUUCCAACAUUAUGAACAAGAUUGGACCUUUGAAACAUAUUUCUUCAAUGAGGUUUGAGUCUGUUCACAAGAAGUUAAAAAAGAUAUGUAACAGCUCGAAUAAUAAAAUUAACCUUCUAAAAACAAUAUACACUAAGUAUCAAAUUAUUUUAUUUGAUUUCUUAAUCAAUUAUUCAGAUAUUUUGGAAGAUAAAAUAAAAAUCGGCAACGUUUCGGAAUUGCCUGGCGAAACCUUCUCUAAAUACGACAUUAUUUCAGAGAUACCAUUGCGUACUAUAUCAUAUCUCCAAUUCAAACAAACCCUCUUUAAGCCGGGCAUGGUUGUGCACAUUGGAGAAUAUGAUGAUAACAUACCGUUGUUUGGGUUAAUUGUUCACAUUUGUAGCAUAAACGAUAUAUUUUUAUUGUGUAUUCAAAGGCUUUUAACGCAUGGGUUCGAUGCUCACUACCAUGCUUUCAGAAUAGAAUAUGAAAAUGAAUUCCUUUCGGUUAAUGUAUUGUCAUUAGAAUCAAGUUACACGGCAUAUAUUUGCACAUCCAAAGAAGACUCUUAUUUUUUAAACUAAUUAUAAUUUGUUCAGUAUUAUUUGUAAUUUUUAAGAAUAUAAGAAUAUGAAAUAAAUUCUUUUUCGAAAUGACA